AUGGAUCAGAGAGUGCUGAUAGUGUUUCUGUGGCUCUGGAGCUCAGCGGUUCCUGAUGAUGUCAGGUUGGUGGGCGGAGCCAGCCGCUGUGCUGGGAUCCUGGAGAGGAGAGAUGGAGGCGACUGGAGAGCAGUAAACGUCUCUCUGUCUGAGUGGAACCUGACGUCUGCAGAGACUCUGUGCAGACAGCUGGACUGUGGUUCUGUACUUUCACUGGGACGACCAGAGAGCUCCUCAAGGACUGAUCCACCGUCAUAUUCUAGAAACCUGCAGAUCACCUGCUCAGACCCUGAUGAAGUCCGGUUGGUGGGAGGAUCCAGCACCUGCUCUGGUAGACUAGAGUGGAAACACCAUGGAGAGUGGAGACCAGUGGAUGCUUCGUACUCUACGCGUGAUCUAAAGUUUCCAGCUGUGAUCUGUAGAAGACUCGACUGUGGCUCUGCUGUUUCAGCUAGAGAGAUAGAUGAAUCCUCUGACAGACCUGUGUGGGGGGUUAUCCGUGAUUGUGUAGAGUCUAAAUCUACAUUAAAGGAAUGUGUGGUAACAGAGGAUCAGUCCAGCAGUUUUGGGAUGGAAAUCACCUGCUCAGACUCAGUCAGACUGGUGAAUGGGACUGGUCUGUGUUCAGGCAGACUGGAGGUGAAGUCUGACCAGCGCUGGUCCCCAGUGUGUGAGGAGGGCUUGGACCUGCAGGGUGCCCAGGUGGUCUGCAGGGAGCUGGGCUGUGGGGCUCCUUCAGUCUUCAAGGGGGGAAUGUUUGGAGAAGUGGAGGCUCCGCUCUGGACCAGAGACUUCCAGUGUGAAGGUAACGAGUCUACUCUCCUGGACUGUGGAGGAUCUGGCUCAGGUAGAAACACCUGCUCACCUGGUAAAGCUGUUGGACUCUCCUGUGAAAAUCCAGAUUAUUUCAGGUUGGUGGGAGAGCCCAGCCGGUGUGCAGGAACACUGGGGACGAAAGACGUGAAAGGGUGGAGACCUUUGGUAGAGUGGGGUUCUGGCUGGGACCAGAGGUCUGCAGCUGUAGUGUGUACAAUUCUGAAAUGUGGUUCUGCUGUUUCAACAAGAGCAGUGAAACAUGAGAACAGAAGGCCGGUGUGGGGGAUCAGACCUUCCUGUGUCCAGACAACGUCUUCUCUGUUGAAGUGUGUAGAUUAUGGAUUUGAGUUCAGCGAUGAGGGCCUUGAGGUGAUCUGCUCAGAUUUGCUUGAAAAGCCAAACAUCACCUUCUCCUUCUCCACUGACGGGGUUUCCGAGGCCACGCCGCAGGGCUUCCAGGCCCUCAUUGGCACUAGCUUCAACAUCACAUGCUCCAUCAAACCUCAGUAUGAAGGAGGAGAUUUCCAGCUCAUCUUCUCUGACUCCGUCACAACACAGAGCUACACCCUGACAGCUGUCAACCAUUCUGCCCAUUUCCUGUUUCCUCCUGCAACCCAGAGCCACGGAGGGCAGUACAGCUGUGUUUAUCACCUCCAUGUUCUCUCCCAUAACUUCUCCUCAGAGAGCCAGACUCUCUCUCUCACUGUCGGAGACCCUCUGAGAGACCUGAUCAUCAGAUGUGUGGUCCUGAUUGGUGGUCUGCUGAUAUACGACACUGCCCUCUACUGCUACUAUAAGGUCAAAACCAGACAGAUCCCCAGGGACUACUGAUGUGUUUAUCUUGAUGACUGCCUGUUGUCUCAGUGAGGACGGUGGAGCCAGGGACGUUUUUAUUGAUAUUUGUCAACAUUGUGGGAGUCUGUGGGGACCACAAGGGGGAUCCUCUCAGAGAUACACUGUCACUAUCAACAAUAGAAGUUUUGGGCUUCUUAUCUCAAUGUGAGAAACAUGUUUUUCAGUGUCCACCUUGUUCCUAGCCCCCAUGAUUUCUGCGUGAAAUAUGGGUGCAACUUCUGGUCCUGUCUAUCUGAAUGGGACUUUGCAUAGAAACAAGAUGCUAAACAGGAUUAUUAGAACAAUUUGGAUAUUAAAAUAUAAAACUUAACCUCAAAUAGGAUUAAAUUAUUAUUUCUCUGCCCUCUACUAGAGAGUAUAAAGUGACGACAUUACCUCAGAGCAUAUUUAGCUAACUUUAUUAGCUUCGUAUCAGUAUAGUAAUAGACGAUCACGUUUUGUUAAAGGAGUUUGGACACCACCUUCAGAUAACAUUUCUCUAGUUAGUUUGUAGAGUCACUAAAAUUCUUAUUUUACCAGCUAACCCCUCUUUAGAUUUGGGAAUUAUGUUGAUAUAACUCUCCAUGACUCAGGUUGUUGACUCUUCAGCUUGGUGAAUGUCUGGUUUUGUAUUAACAAUGAAAGAUAAAUGAAUAAGUACGUUGGAGUACGUUGAAAAGAUGCUAGUAGAACAUUGGAUUAGAAAAGUGGAGAGCGUGCCUUUCAUUUGGGGUGACAGGAAGUUGCCUUGUGGUGGCUGGAUAGUGAUAUGAAGUAUCGGUAUCUGUGUUGUAAUUCAGUCCAGUAGGUAUGGGUUGUCUUGGUACCAGGACAGUGUUGGUACUGGAUUUCCAUACUCAUCCCUACCCUCUGUGUCACUGCAGCAGAAGGAAAUGCUUUGGAUAAUGAUGUAAAUUCAGCCAACUCAACGAGGACAUUUUGUAAAUAUGUGAAUCAUUUGAGGAAUUUUUUGUCACAGAUUGAUUAUUAUUUUUACUUUUUGGUUCCUCAGAGACCUGAGAACAAGUUUGUGCAGAAAUGUCUUCUUCACUAUUUUUGUACUGUGUGUCGAACAUAAAUAUCUUUGAGUUUUCAUUUCUGUUUAGUUCUUUCUCUUGUCUUUAGUCCCAGAAGUUUAACAUUCAUGUGACAUUAUUGCAGCACACAUAUUCUUAAAGCCCAGGUAGUCCUGAAGAAAGGAUGUUCAGAGCUUGACUGUGCACCACAGGGCUGAUGUUUUACAAGCUUUUUAAGACAAAAAGUCCAGGAGAGACCAAACGCUUCAGGGCUCAGAGGGUUAAUUAUUACCUGGUGAUGUAAACAAUGAUCACCUGCAGUUGUCUUUUAGAUUUGAAGGUUCUGUAAGAUAUGUGCAGCUGCUGUAUUUGUUUGGUAUUUUCCUCUGUCUUGUGUAACCUUCUGCCUCUUUUAUAUGAGACAUGUAUCAUUCAUGUAACCAUUAUUACUAUUCAUUUACUGUACUGUUCAUUUAAAGAGUAACUAAACCCUCAGUCCACUGUAGUCAGAUAUAAACAUGUAUAUGGGUAGUAGUGCUGUUGAACAGUUAGGGUCCACAUGUUGACUCUUUAGCAAAGUGUUUAAAUUCUACUUUUGUGUUAAAAAUGAGCAAAGAGACUGCCCUCUUCAGGCUGAAACACUGCCACUGAUCCUUUUGAAACAUUUCUACUGGCUGAUCUGGUGCCGUCGGUCAUCACCACAGAGAUCAACAGUAACCGCCCACUUUUCCCCCGACUGCCACUUCACUGGUAGAAGCCACAGACAAAAUGUGAAGCUCCACCUAUCAGAGAUGUUACUGUGGCACUAUAGGAUUGUGGAUAAUGUAGGGCUGUUGCCAUGAAACUAGGUUGAUAAUGUCCCUGCUUUUGUCUUCCAGAUAACCUUAUAUCUUUAUUUCCUCAUUGAAACCAUCUUUAGUUGAAAAACAACCGUUAAAUUCAUUAGUAGAGGCCGAUCUGGACAGAUUGCGAAAGUUUGGUGCAAAAAGCCGGGAUCAGCCAAUCAGAGAUGUUACUGUGGCACUGUAGGAUUGUGGGAAAUGUGGCACUAUUGACUGAAAUGUUCUAAAAUCGUGUUUUUCCUAAAACAGGGUGGAUAACAUACAAAACUGUGUGGUCUACAUCAGUGCUUCUCCGCUGGUCGAGCCUCAGGACCCACCAUCAACUCCUCAAUCAGAAACUUCUGAUAUUUUUCAACUAAUCAGAUUUAUCUAAUAGGAGCUCUGAUAGAUUAGACCUCAUAGAGUACAAAACAUGACAAAUCAAAGAGGGAGGUUAAAAAAGCAUGUUUUGACCCAUUUACACUGAUGCAACCUCCUGGUGUAUCUUUGAGACCUGAUGUGACGUCAGCUCAUUGUGGAUGAUCUCAUUGUUCUGAAGACAUGUAAACAUCAACUGCAGUUCAGCAGUAAAAAAAAAAAGGAUUGGUCGGCUUAUCUUUCUUUUCCCCUCUCUCCAAAUGUCAGUGAUGUUUUAAAGGCAUUUUUUUUAAAUUUCAGCUUUGAUGAAUUUCAGCUGAAACUCUGGGGUUUAGUUGCUCUUAAAUAUUUUAAGUUUUUAUAUAUUUUUGUAGAUUAAAAGUUAAGUUUUAUUUAAUGUGAUAAAUAUGACAAAUGCAUCAGUAUAUUCAGUGUAAUUUUGCUUAUUGUGAGGCCUUCUCUGCUCUGCUACGUCUUCUGCUGCACCUUCAUCUGUGACUUUAGGUGUCAUUUAGAGAAAACCUGGGUUGCAGCAUUUACUAA